AAAAAAAAAACGAAAGCAAAAGCUUUAGUUUGAAGCUUCAAAGUUGAUAAAAAAAAAAAGACAGGUCUGAUCUUAUGUUGUGUAUGUAUAUAAUAUGUCAUCAUCCCCAUAUAAUGCCAUGGCUUUCAACCAAUACCCUCCCCCCCCAUUGACCACUCAACCCCUCCAUGCAAAGAUAAAAAGCCUGCAAUUAUAACCUCUAAAAGCCCCUUAUCAUCUUCUCCUACACUUUCAAACCCUAAAAGAACACUCAUUUUAACAUAAUCAACCCCCCACCCAAAAAGCUAUGAGAGUCCCUGUUUCUUCUCCACAAAGCAACCAUUGCCAAAGCCCUAAACCUAACAACAAUAGUAACACUAGUAGUACUAGGAACAUAAGUUUCCAUGGUGCUACUAUUAACAGUGUUCCAACUUCAAUUUAUGAGCCUACUUCAGUUCUUGAACUUCGGCGAAGCCCGAGCCCCGGGCAUGAUAAUCCGGUGGAUCAUCAUCAGCAUCAACAACAGCAGCAGCAGCAUCAAGCUCCACUCGAGUGGGAUGAACAUGUGUUACGAAACAUGGAUUGGGAUUCCAUCAUGAAAGAUUUGGGAUUAGAUGAUGAAUCAGUACCGUCCAUCAAAACUAUUCCACCACAAGAGAAUCAUAUACAGAACCUCCCUGAGUUUACUUCCUGCGAGUUAACUCACCCAACUGAGUUUAACAAUCUAUAUGAUUUCUACCCGUCUCAUAAUAUUGAUAUUUCUAAUACUACUACUUAUGGUUUUAAUAAUAUGGGGAACUUCAAUUCCGGGUUUGAUUUUAUAGAAGAGCUUGUACGAGCCGCUGGUUGUUUCGACACCCAGGAAUUGCAGCUAGCUCAGGUGAUAUUAGCUCGGCUUGGUCAGCGGCUACGGUCACCGUCCGGGAAGCCGUUACAAAGAGCGGCGUUUUAUUUCAAAGAAGCUCUUUUAUCUCUUCUCACCGGCGGGUUAACUCGUACGACUCGGUUAUCGUCGUGGAACGACAUCGUUCAAACAAUCAAAGCUUACAAAGCUUUUUCAGGGAUUAAUCCGAUUCCGAUGUUUAGUCAUUUCACGACCAAUCAAGCUUUAAUGGAAGCAGUACUGGAUGGAUCAUCACCGUUGAUUCACAUCAUCGAUUUCGAUAUCGGAUUCGGCGGUCAAUACGCGUCGCUGAUGAGAGAAAUGUUUGAAAGACAUGACCAUUCACGUAAGUUCAUACGUGUAACAGCGGUGGUACCAGAAGAAUACGCUAUUGAAACAAGGUUAAUUAAAGACAACCUUGUACAGUUCGCUUCAGAGCUUAAAUUAAGGUUCCAGAUUGAAUUUGUUUUACUUCGUACUUUCGAAAUGUUGUCUUUUAAAGCUUUUAAGUUCAUCGACGGUGAAAAAACGGCGAUCCUUUUAUCUCCGUUGAUUUUCCGGUCUUUGGGUUUAAACGUAACGGCGUUCUUGAACGAUCUCCGGCGGGUUAAUCCUACCAUCGUCGUGUUUGUUGAUAACGAGGUUUGGAUGGAGUCCGGUACGACAUCGUUCCGGAAGAAUUUCGUUAACGGACUGGAAUUCUACGCUAUGAUGUUUGAGUCUUUGGAUGCGGCGGUCGUGGGGAACGGGGAAUGGGUGAGGAAAAUAGAGACGUUGCUUCUCCGGCCAAGGAUAUUAGCUGCAGUGGAAACGGCGGCGAGGAGUACGGCUCCCCCGUGGAGGGAGAGGUUCCGUGGGGCGGGGAUGAGGGCUGUGCAUUUGAGCCAGUUGGCGGAGUUCCAAGCGGAGUGCUUACUGGGGAAAGUUCAGGUCAGGGGAUUCCACGUGGCGAAAAGACAAGCUGAGUUGGUGCUUUGCUGGUACGAGAGUGCCUUGGUUGCCACGUCAGCAUGGAGGUGUUGAAUGUAAGAAAUUUAGCCUAGCUGGAAUUUUUAGAAUUUUAGUAUUUUUGCAUGGGGGUUUUUAAAUUUUAAUGUGGUAAUUAAAUUAAAAAAAAUUGCUGGUAGUUAAAUUGUACUAAAAGAGGUAGGACAAUGAAGUCCUUUAGUGCCUAGUUUCUUCUUUAUCCAAUAUAUAUAUUUAUAUAUAAAAGUAUAUAUAAAUUAUAUAAAUAA